AUGGUCAAAGCAGUCCGAGGUAGGACUGAUCCCUUCAUGUGUGGCCUGCAGCUGCUGACGAACCGUGCAGGCACUCUCGUCAAAUGCGACGCGUCUAUCAAGGCCAUGCUUGUCGACAUCGACAGCAAGAACAAUAACGAGUUCAUCAUCGAGGAAUUGGACGAAGAGCAUCUCUUGGUCAAGGAGACUAAGAUCGCGCAGCUCAAGGCGCGUCUUCAGACCAUGAUAAAGGAGCGCCUCAAGAACCCAGAAGAGGACUCGGGCUCGGACUGA